CAAACACAUCGUCACUGGCUGCGCCCACGGAAACAGAAGCAGACCACUACGUACUCAUCUGUGUCUUUUUCAGGGAGUAACAAAUUAAAUUUUCCCCUUGCCCCGUUCGGGCAAGGAGCGCGACCGCAUCUUCGUUCCAGGGGAUCGACAAACUUUCCCAACGUCGCGACCUGCUAAAGGCGCGUUGCUUGAAGGCUUACUGUAGCGCAUAGCACUACGACAUGAAAAUCCACCUGCUCGAAGGCUUACUGUAGAGCAUAGCACUACGACAUGAACAUCUUGCCAUCAUCGACACCACAUCGAAACCUCAACGUGGUGAUUCUUGAUUUGGAACACAGUAUUCGUCGUCAAUAAAGUUAAAGUAUCCAUCGGUCGUCGCACUGGUUAAUAACUGAAGCAUCCAUUCGUUUCGGUCACACUAUCGAUCUUCAUUCUGUAGAUAUAGUCGGUCCACUGCUGUGCUGCAUUUCCAGCAGAUUGAGAAAAUGAAAGUCGGUUUUUCCCUUUCCUCCCGAAACUGAUUUUUCGGUGUGCUCGUCGCCCAUGCUCGGUUUUCGUUUUGCUUGGUUGUCAUCUUACAUCAUGUUAGGACUAUUUAUAAGUACAUGAAUGAAACUGAAAUAAUCAUAAGUACCCGAAGUAGGUCCCUCGCACGGAUUCGUGCAAAGCGAUUCCGCGUUUGAAAUCGAAACACUUUCUCUGGAAUAUUAAUUUCAAAUGCGAAACACAGGUUUUGGUUUGUAUCAGACCUGAAUCGUUCUUGAAUCCCCACCUGUGAAAACAAUAUCAACUGAGCACACCGAGAAGAAAUGAUAAGCACAGCAUACUUUUAGUUCACACUAGCACUUGCCCUUUUAUAAUCAACCCCAGAUACCGCUCCGCUUGCCGUUGCACCUGAGGCACAAAACCACGGCAAGAUGUUCGUGAUUUCCCCGGAGGAAGCUGCAGAAGGCGUGGUAGACCAGGUUGUGAAUGCGUCGCAGUCGUUUCUGCAACAGCAACAUGCGCACCUGGACACCCCUGCCCAAAAUCCUGUUUUCUUUUCUGGUGAUGCAGCAGCCCUCACCCCGAAUCGUAUGGUGGAACCUCAUCUGCUCGCAGAAGAAUUUUCUUCAGCGUCGACAAUGCAGCUGGAGUACCCGCUUCGCGACCCCUCCGACACGACGCCGGAGGCGAUCUGCCUGCGCGUACUUUGGUUUCUGAUCAUCUUGACGCCACUCCUGUUCACCUGCUUCGUUUCCAUUUUCGCGAUCGGAUGUCCGGCGUGCUGUUCGUGUUGCUGCUUCAAGGAGUACGUGUUGGAAGAAGACGAGGACUCAGACGAGGACGGGAACGGAAGUUUGGCCGCCAGCAACCGGCGGGGCGACGUCGCAAAGACGGGCGAUACGCUGACGCCGUCGGCCUACUAUCGGUUCGAAAACAACCCGAAUGCAACGCGGAUUCCGGUGGGCACGAUGGCGACACCCCCCGAAUCCCAGGCGCUGUUGUCCAAGCCCGCGGCCUCGUCCACGACCCGGGGCUCAAGCCUCGGCAGCACCGCGUCCAGUACUACAAGUAACCGCAUCGUGGCGGGCCCCCAAAGCGGGCACCCAACCUCUGUGACGGCGACGGAAGCGGCGGCCGCGCAAGCGACCGCACGGUUGCUGCAGCAAACGGCCGGCUUCGAGGACGAGGAGGACGUGGAGGACGAAGCCGACGUGCCCGUCGCGCCCUUCAGCCUGGCCCCGACGAUGAAGACCGGGGUGCGGUUCGAGGGCGAGGCCCGCAGCGAGUCGGCCUUCGUGGAGGAGGGUGGCCCCAUCCGGGUCCUCUCGCGGCGGAAACCGGAGGGCGAAACGCUGGAGACGAAAACCAUGAACUAUUCGCUGUUCCAACACACCCCGGCGGAGAACCAGUGCUGCCGGGUCCCGAAGCGGGCCUGUCCGGCGUGUUGCCUGCUCAACCUCGCCGUGUGGAUGCUGGGCGGCUUUUUGGUGUUGUUCGGCGAGUUCAUGUUCUGGAAGUGGUACGUGUACGACCCCCAUUUUGAGUACAGCGAGGACACGAAAAUCGUGAUCCUGUCUUCCAGCGGCGGGUCGGGCCACGUGGUCGCCGCAAACCGCCUGGUGCAGCUGCUGACCGAGCCGCCGAAGGCCGCCAACGCGACGCACGUGGGUCCGGAGGCGGCCCGCGUGCUGCCGCACCUCGCGCCCGGCGCGGAGGAGGGCGGGUGGACCCCGUACAACGGUGGCAAGCGCUACAAGAACCUGAAGAAGGAGGAGGUGGAGGUGAUCUACGUGAUGCCGCCCGAGUGCAAGAAGAACGAGACCACGGGCGAGGACAUUGUCACCCCGGAGUGCGCGAAGCGGUCCUGGCUGCAGAUGAACAGCGUGUUCGGGAACAUGUACGAACUGAUGGCCAACCACCUGAUCAGCGACUUCGGGGUGCUGUUAUCAAAAUGAAAAAUCCCCCCUCCCAUAUCGAAACGAAGAUUUCUGUUGCUGGAUUUGUGUACACAAAUCAUUUUGCCAUGCUAGAAGGCAAAAGAAGCGGACCGUAGUGCUGGGCGGCGCAAAAAAGCCUUGCAUCUUCAGCAUGAGAGGAGGCAGCUGGAAAUGGGAAACGGCAUGACAAAUCGGCUCCAAUUAAGGCCGCAACUGCGUCUCUUGGCCUUCUAGCAAUACAAGUCGCUCUGUGUACUCACAUACAGCAUCACAAAUACAAAUUUCCUUUUCGAUAUGGGGAGGGGGGAUUUUUACUUUUGAUAGCUGUUUGGCCGCGACGAGUGGGACCGGGCGCAGAAGGAGGGCGACAUGGAGACGCUGUUAUCAAAUGCAAAAAUGUCUGGGUCUGGAAGACUGCGAGAUUUGUCAUGCUUGUCUGGGAUGACCAAAAAGUUUGUGAUGCGUGUCCAAGAAGAGACCCUUUUGCCUGUCAUGCGAAAAACGCAACACUAAGAAGCGCAGAUAUUUCUCAUGCUUGGCUGUGCAUUACAGAGCAUUCCCUAUUCCCAACGCAGCAUCACAAGUUUCCAGACCCAGACAUUUUUGCAUUUGAUAGCUGUGGGCGUUGUACAACGACAAGCCGAAGGCGGACUUCAUGUUCGGCUGGGCCUUCCGGUCCAACGCGCGGGCCUACCUGGACAAGCACCCGAACCUGGAGGUGAUGGUCACCGUGCAGUACCAGGGCACCUACCAGAUGUGGGAGGCCGUGCGCGACUUCAACCAGGACCGGCGCGCCGCGGAGGAGGCGGACGUGCGGCGGCCGUACGACCGCGACGUGCACUUCGUGAUCCAGAUCUGCGACCCGGCCAACCCCGACAACUUCUUCCUCCCGGCCAUCAAGCGGUUCCAGGACUACUCGCCCCCGUCGGAGCGCAGCUUCUACCACAUGGACAUGAGUUACGCGGGCGUGCCCUUUUUGGGGAUCGCUAACUCCGCGGCCGAGGUGCAGCAGUUCGCGGACGGAACGCGCCGCUACUACCAUGAGGAGCUGGGCUUCACGGACGCCAUCAUCGACAUGAUGCGGUUCAUAUCAAUUGCAGAUUUUGAUGUCUGGGUCUGGGAAAGGAAACUUGUGAUGCAAGGAAGGGAUGAAUAGUGAAGUGAGCACACCGUAAUGGUGCGCUUCACAGUAUGACAAGUUUUUCCGUGGUUCAGAGUUGCGUACUUACUCCGCAUGAAAAGCUGCGUUUUUUCAUGACAGACAAGAGGACCUCCUCGCUGGCGCGCAAUAGUUCAGAGUCAUGCCAGCCUAGCAUCACAAAUCUCGCAAUCUCCCAGACCCCGACAUAUUUGCAGUUCAUAGCUCACCGACGGCGUGAUCCGCCCGGAGUUCCAGCAGAUGGCCAACAAGAUCUACCUGGGGCAGGUGGACCCGGCGGUCGAGCGGACGAAGGAGCUCCGGUAUCAAAUGUAAAAAUGUCUGGGUCUGGAAACUUGUGAUGCUGGGUGGCGUCUCAUGAUGAGGCUACAAAUGCUGGCUCAGCAUGACAAGUUUCUGAGCUCCUAGGUGUUGCCUAUUCUGCAUGACAAACUGCGCUUCUGCAUCACAGAAAAGCGGAGCGCUUGGGUAACGUGCAUGACAGAUUUAAGAAUCAUGCCAGACAAGCAUGACAAACAUGAAUUCUUCCAGACCCAGACAUAUUUGCAUUUGAUAUCCGGUUGAAAAAGCUGAAAAACGUGAAUGGGAAGAACAUGUUAUCCUGUUUAAAAACGUCCCCACGACCUCCCCAUAGUUUGUUAAGAUCGGAACUCUGCUAGACAAAUCAGCACGCUGUGAGACUGGCCCAUGACAAGUUUGGGGACGCAGCAUAAGUAGUUCUGCCUAGGUAGCCCAGACGCAUCACAGAUCCAUUUUUCCCUUAUCCUGAUUUGCGCAUGACAAGUUACCGAAAACACGAUCAAAAAAUGCCCGUCAUGUUGCGGAGCCGCAUGACAGAUUUUCUGGGCAUGCAGAUUUGCAUUACAACUAAUCGGGUCGGAACGUUUUUACUCAGGAUGCAUGCAGGAAGAUCUCGUCGUGCCGAAAGACCAGCACGUGGUGGCCAUCAUGCUCGGGGGCGUGGCCGCGAUCGCCCCCACGUUGGAGUACGUGGAGCAGUCGGCCACCCGCACCGUGCGAAAAACGCCGGACGGCCAGUACCAGCUGGCGGACAUGUGUGAAACGAAGACGAUCUUCGUCUUUUGCGGAGGGGACCCGGACCUCGUGAAGGCGGUGAUGAAGAAGGAGGAGGAACUGAAGAACCGUGCCGGACCGGGACCCGCGGAGUUUCGCCAGAGCCUGCGCAUUUUCGCGCUGGGUCGCCAGGGCGCCGACGUCAUCGCCCCCGUCUUUGCCCGUGCCAACACCCUAAUUGUUCGCGGAGGUAAGAAGUUGAUGUAGUGUGCAAAUUAAGUAUUGUAUCAGUGUGGAUACAUAUCGAUAAGUGUGAAACAAAAGUCAGUGGAUGAAGCAGGAGGGCGCACUGCUAAGAUGGUGGAGGAGUUGCACAAUUCUUCAAUCAGAAUCAUAUGAAAAGACAUUGAUCUUGAUGUCGAUGUGAUGUUCAUACUUCAACAAUUCCCCACAGGCGGCGUCACUGCGUUCGAAGUGCGUGCGGUUGGGCCGGGGACGGACUUGGUGGUGCACUCCGAGCGGGCGAUCAAGCCGCUGAACCACGAGCUCGGCGUUUGCACCAAGGGGAUGCUGUCCCACGAGGCGGGAAAUGCGGCGUGGGAGGGGGACGCCAUGGGUGGCGUGGUGCUUUCCGACCUCAAGAAGCGGCUCCGGAUUCUGCCCGACCCCAAAAAGGGGUUCAUCACCCUCGGACGCGAGCGCAAGGGGUAUCCCUGCCUCGCCCCGCAAGACGAACAGUACGUGCUGCCGUUCGCGAACGUCGGGUACACCAAGUCGCUUGGUUGCGGCCCCUAGUGGAUUUUCAUCUUCACGUCGUGGUGUUAUUAUGUCUGAAUUGAUUCUCUUUCUGUUUCGGUUUUUUAUUUUUACACAUCUAAGUACUCAGUUCAACAUUCAGAUACAUGAUGUCAGCUUCUGAUUUUUUAAGCUUCAAGUUUACACAUUGCAUUUUCUUGUUAAUUUUUGCAUACAACCAUCCAACACUACAGUUUGUUUUUACCACAAUGAUUCAUGGUCCACUCCAUCCUUACAGUAGAACUACAAGAUCGCACGUCUGAGGACAUGAAGAUGCAGUUUACGUCUGUGACCGCAUGGAUCGAUUGCAUCCUCAUAAACCAUGUCUAAACAUAAUGUUGAUCGCAAUUAUUGAAAUGAGAGUUAUAUUUCACUCUCCUCGAAAAAGAGCCAGCCAGGGUACGAAUUCCCACUUCGUACUAGUACAUCUGUCAAUGGAAUAAAGUGCUUCCGAUUCGAGUGGAUAACGUAUUCACACGAGGUAGACAAAAUGCAGAAAGGCCAGCGUGUUGCGCUGCACCGAAGGGAU